GAAGACCACUCCCUCCCUCUAUUCCCUCCUUCCUUGACACACACACACACACUCUCUCUCUUUCUCUCUCUCUCUGUCUGUCUUUGUUUCUUUCUACCUCUCAGUCAGUAAUUAUGGAGCCCAGCAGUCCGAAGAAGAUCCAGUUUGCUGUACCUCCGCUGCAGGGACAGCUGGACCCACAGGCCGCCGAACAUAUCCGUCGCAGAAGACCAACUCCUGCCACUCUGCAGAUCUACAGACAACCUGGCACAGAUGUUGGAGAUCAACACAACGCCAGCGGAGAGUCACAGGCUUCAGAUUCCUCUCAGAGGAAGCAGAGCACCUACGACCCGCCCACCAUGAAAGGUAAGAUGAAAAGUGUUGUACCCGAGGAGGAGGAGGAGGAGGAAGCCAACCCUCAGGACGACUGAUCCAGGAGAGAAAGCUCAGCACAAAAGAGGCGGCCAUUUUAUCUUUGAUAUUCUGCACAAACCAACGGACAGACUCUGGCCUUUAUCUCAAGUGUAACACCUACGACACAAGACAUCGACAGUGGGAGAGUUUAUUGAGAGACAGCAGUUAACAUUUAAUUAAGUAGGUAAAGGAAUGAGUUAAACCAGCUUCACUCUUAACGAACUGGCCUGGAAACUGCUCAUGUAGCACAUUUACCUCAACAUGACUCCACACAAACUAUCAACUAACGUUACUCUGCCAUUGUAAAACCCCUGAGAAUCACACUGACUAAAAAUUAAACUUACAUUAGUUUGCCCCGUUUUAGUUCAAGUAUGGUUCCCCCUUUAACUAAAGCACCAACCUGAUAACAAUUAACUGCCAUCACAAGCUCAAACAGCGGACAUCUUAACAUUUUUGGAGGGAAACUCGACAUACCAACCAACCAACAGACAUUGGUGUCAUAAAUGUUGUCAUUUAAAAAUGUAACGUUACACACUGAAAAAAAAUUUCAAAGGAAGGAAUCUGGUUAAAUUUUGGUCUGCUAGCUACCUGCUAGCUACAACAGUGUAGCCAAGAUAGCUAACCUAGCAAGAGCUAACUUGACUUAAGAUAGCUAGCUAAUUCACAGUAGAUAACAUUAUAGCGACUUUGUCACCAUAAAGUGUGAGUUUAUUCAAAACCAAAUCAACCGAUAGCAACAGUUUAAACUUUAAACUGCUAGCUAGCUAACUACACAACUGUUACUACUACGACGGCUUAAAGGUACCUGUUGAAGUAGCGCAAGUUUUGUAACGUUACUGGUCCUGAGCCAGAACCGCCAUAUUAACAUUACCGAUGAAGUGAUACGUAGUAGCCUAUUACUGCACUAUAACUAAGUACUCUUUUGGGUUGUUUCUCCCCCAAGGUUAUCAAAAUGUCCACUGUGUAAUCAGGAAUUUGCCGGCGGUUGACACAUUAAUGGCUGUAAAAUAUACUGUAGUUAUUGGAAUACAAGCAAUGCAAUGAAUAGCCUACUACCUUUAGCUUAAUUUAAUGCCAAUUCUGAAGCCCUGUACUGGCAUUUUCCCCAGCAAACAUUUUGUAAUUAACAUUAGCCUAAUGAGGUUAUCAUAAAUGUUAUUAGUGUGAGGUAUUUUAUUGUGUAAUCUCUCAGUUGAAGGUUAAGAGGAAGUUAGAGCAAACAUAGAGCUUUUAUUUUGACGAGAGAAACGGAAGUGGAUAAAGUGUUUAUUUUUCUUUAAUUUCAAUGUUUAUGUAUUUUUCUGACAAUUGACUGUAUUGGGGUUGAAUAAAGUGAAAUGUGCAGUGCCGUCUUUUGGAUCCGGCAUUGGAAGCCCGUCUCUUUAUUUUACAGCCAAACUUGAGUCUAGACAAUAUAAGAAACACUCGGUUAUAUUGGUGGCAGCGGUGGGAUGUUUUCUUCAUUGAGGCCUAUAAUAUACCCCCAAGUAUUAUUUCUGCUCAUUGUGCCUCGGGAGUUUUCUCGAUUUAGUUAGCAAGUUAGCGAGGGUAGCAAGAGGAAAGAAGAAGAUACCACACUUUAUCAACUUCCGUUUUUCCAGUCACAAUAAAACCUCCAUGUUUACUGUAACUUCCUCUUAACCUUCAACUGAAAGGUUACACAAUAAAAUACCUUACAUUAAUUACACCUGUUCGCAAUAACAUGCUCUUUAAAACAACACUAUGUAACUUUUCCCGUUUCGGUCCAGCGCAAGCUGUAGUUCCAAUGAGACAACCUGUACGGGGACCGAAGCGGGAAAAGUUACAUAGUGUUGCUUUAAGUCAAAAUGUCUGCAGUGGAAAAAGUUUGUUAGAAUGUAUUUGAUUAUAAAGGUGGUGUUGUUACUUUUUCCAACAAUUUGGUCGACAAUUUGGAAUUUGCCAUUUGUCUUAACAAGCUGUUCUACUACUUUUACAGAUGAUGUUAUAUGCAAAGUGUUUAAAAGUUUACAGUUGACCAGCACAGGUUUUGACAAAUUUUUUAAUAAACUGAAUUUUGGGUAAUAAAUCAGA